AUCAUAUUAUAAGAAAUGAUCAGAGAACUAGCAGCUGACACGGAGGCUACGGCCGAGAUUCCCAAAAUGGCAAGUGUUGAGAAAUUUCCUUUUCAUGUGCCACAUUUAGAAGAGCUUGCUGGAGUUCUACAGAAUGAACUUAAAAAUAAUUUUGCUGAUGUCCAGGUCUCCGUAGUUGAUUGCCCUGAUCUGUCUAAGGAACCAUAUACAUUUCCUGUUAAAGGAAUCUGUGGGAAACCGAGAAUUGCAGAAGUAGGUGGGGUUCCUUACCUCAUGCCUCUUGUGAAUCAAGAAAAGGUUUAUGAUAUGAAUACUGUUGCAAAGCAAAUUGAUCUUCCUGGGGCUUUCAUUAUUGGAGCAGGAGAAUCCCCAUUUCAGACUCUUGGGAUCAAUGCUGAGUUUAAGCCAAUUGUCCAGACUCAAAGUGAUCACAAGCCUGCUAUGAAUGGAAGCUACUUUGCCCAGAUUAACCCUGCAGAUGGAGGGUACCUGCUAGAGAAAUAUAGUGGGAAAUGCAAUGACUUUGGAUUUGCCUUACUGGCUAAUCUCUUUGCUAGUGAAGGCCAGCCUGGCAAGGUCAUUGAAGUAAAAGCCAAAGGAAGAACUGGAAAGUACAAUUUUGUGACUUGUAUGAGACAAACUCUUGAAAAGCAUUAUGGAGAUAAACCUGUAGCGAUGGGAGGAACAUUUGUUGUUCAAAAAGGAAAAGUAAAGAUUCAUAUCAUGCCCCCAGAAUUUUCUUCUUGCCCACUGAACUCUGAUGAGGAUGUGAAUAAUUGGUUGCAUUUUUUUGAAAUUAAGGCUCCUUUGGUUUGUCAGCCAGUUUUUGUUUCUCGAGACCCGGGGUUUGAUUUACAAUUAGAGCAUACACACUGUUUUAGUCAUCAUGGAGAAGGAGGACACUAUCAUUAUGACACCACUCCAGAUACAGUGGAGUAUCUUGGGUAUUUCCUACCUGCUGAGGUUCUCUAUCAAAUUGAUAAACCAAAGGACACCCAUACAUUUGGGCGAGAUUAAUUCAAUCAGGAAAUAUUUUGCUGAGGCAGGGGAAUAAAUUAUGCUUUAAAAUGUAAAAAUCUUUAAGUUUAUAAAUAGUGUUGCUCUGCAUUGCAAUCCAACAAAAAAUUACCCAGGAGCAACUCCUUUCUCCUGUGUAAUGAUAGCAUAUAAUGAUCUCUUUUGUUUUAAUAUUUAACUUCCAUUAAAUACUCCUCCAUUUUAGAAAAAUUAAAAGAGGAAAAAAAUUGUUGUUGGGAAAUUCAGUUGCUUUUUGUUAAAGUGAUUAAUAUGCUUGUAACCUUAUUUAGGGUAUACAUCAGGAAUCAUGUGACUUCUUG